AGCCCUGCCAACCUGUCAGUCCAGCCAUGCAAGGAGAGAGAGACAGAGCCAGAGAAAGGAGGGAGUGAAGCAGAGAUCCUUUGAAACCUCAGCAGGACAUUCAGAUUUCCAAUGAACAAAGCAAACAACCCCUGGGACCUUCUGUAAGCUGAGGCAGAGAUGAGGAAGAUGAAUGACCAAAGUGGCUGCUACAGGCCCGUAAAUAUCCAGGGGAACAAAGUCAGCUACCGCGGCAGCUGCGGGGACAGCGCGGAAAAGGAGGUGAAAAGGCUGCAGAGGAGAUUCCUGCACAAGGAUGGCAGCUGCAACGUCUACUUCAAACACAUCUUUGGGGAGUGGGAGAGCUACGUGGUGGACAUUUUCACCACGCUGGUGGACAUCAAGUGGCGCCACAUGUUUGUGAUUUUCUCCCUGUCCUACGUGCUCUCGUGGCUGUUCUUCGGCCUGGCGUUCUGGCUGAUUGCUGUCCAGCACGGGGACGUGUUCAGCGAUGAGGAGGAGGCCACCCCCUGUGUGGCGAACGUGCACAGCUUCACAGGAGCCUUCCUGUUCUCCCUGGAGACCCAGACCACCAUCGGGUACGGCUACCGCUGCGUGACCGAGGAGUGCUCGCUCGCCAUCCUCAUGGUGAUCCUGCAGUCGGUGCUGAGCUGCAUCAUCGACACCUUCAUCAUCGGGGCGGCCUUGGCCAAGAUGGCCACGGCCCGCAAGAGGGCCCAGACCAUCCGUUUCAGCUACUACGCCGUGGUCGGGCUGAGGGAUGACAAAUUCUGCCUGAUGUGGCGCAUCGGGGACUUCCGGCCCAACCACAUGGUGGAGGGCUCGGUGCGCGCGCAGCUGCUGCGCUACAGGGAGGACAAGGAGGGCAGGAUGACCAUGGAGUACCGCGACCUGAAGCUGCUCAACGACCAGAUCAUCCUGGUCACACCCGUCACCGUCGUCCACGAGAUCGACAGCGACAGCCCCUUGUACGGCCUGGACCGCAAAGCUCUGGCCAAGGACAACUUUGAGAUCUUGGUGACGUUCGUCUACACGGGCGACUCCACGGGCACCUCCCACCAGUCGCGCAGCUCCUACGUGCCCAGGGAGAUCCUGUGGGGCCACAGGUUCAACGACGUGCUGCACGUCAAGAAGAAGUACUACAAGGUGGACUGCUUGCAGUUCGAGGAGACCACGGAGGUGUACGCCCCUCACUGCAGCGCCAUGCAGCUGGAGCAGAAGGAGCAGGAGUGGAACCGCGCCGAGAAGACGCGGGAGAAGCAAGUGGAGAAGUCAGCCCUGGAGGUCAAGUACAGCCAAAAGUCCCUCAGCGCUGUUGCCCUCGUCACCAGCUGUGAGGAGCCUGAGGAGCCGGUGACAGCUCCCAGCCAGCCUCCUGGAGAUGUUUCCUACAGGAAAGCAGCUGUGACCUUAAACAGGCUCUCCAUAGAGUCCCAAAUCUGACUUUUCCUGCCCUUGGAACCCCUCCCAACAAACUGUCCCCUCAUAGCUCCUUGGAUGCAAACAAUGAACUCGUGUGCAGCAGUAUUUGUGUCCCAGACCUCGCUGCCAGUGUGCCCACACUGUCACACAUUGUCACACCCUGUCACACCCUGCUGGGCUGCCAGGGACAGCUGUGGGCACAAGGGAGCAGCUUCCACUUGGGAUGCCCAGAGAGCCCCUCGAGCAAACCCUCUGUGAACUUUCUUCACAGGACUGGCCACAUCCAGGGACACAGAAUGACCUCGGCAGGGCACACAAACCAUGCCCUGGGUCUUCAUUGGUUUGGAAAGUCCAUUCCCAGUCCCUCCAGGAGGUUCUGAAGCUCCAUUAUCCCAACAAACAAUUCCUCAAGUGUAGGGAUCCUAGAGCUUCUCUGAGGAAUCUACGGGGCUGUUUUUUGUAAGACAAGGGAAUAAGUGACGCCCCAGGGACAGCUGUGGGCACAAGGGAGCAGCUUCCACUUGGGAUGCCCAGAGAGCCCCUUGAUCAAACCCUCUUUGAACUUUCCUCCCUGCAGGGACCAGGGCUGGCUGUGCCCAGAAUGACCUCGGCAGGGCACACAAACCAUGCCCUGGGCUCUCUGGGUAGGGAUUUCAAAGCUGCCUCAUUGGUUUGGAAGGUCCAUUCCCAGGAGGUUCUGAGCUCCAUUAUCCCAACAAAUGUUUCCUCAGGUGUAGGAAUCCCAGAGCUCCUCUGCAGAAUCUACUGUUCUUUGUAGGACAAGGGAAUAAGUGACCCCAGUGUUCCUGGGUGGCUUUGGACACGUGUUCACACCCUGCCCAUCCUGUGGGAUCCACAAUAAAAUCCUGGAGAGAUUUCAUUCCCUAAUCAUGAGCCAUUCCUUGAGGCGCUGCUCCCUCAGCAGCUGGAGGGAUGCAGGAGGUCAGGAAAAAAAAAAUAUCAAAACAAAACCUUCAGUUUUAAAUCAGCAAAAUCAGGUCGAGCCUUGA